UCGCUGCCUCGCGCCCCGCCCCAUCCUCCCUGAGCGCCGGCGGCGGGCUCGUGCGGCCUGUGGCUGGAACUAGUGGGAUAUCCGCGCACGCUCGAGCCAUGGCUGAAAGUGAUCGGACGCCUCAGGCGCGGGCGCUCCUGCAGCAGUGCCUGCACGCCCGGCUGCAAGUACGCCCUGCGGAGGGGGACGCCGCGGCCCAGUGGGUGGAGGUUCAGAGAGGAUUAGUCAUCUACGUGUGUUUUUUCAAAGGAGCUGAUAAAGAACUUCUUCCCAAAAUGGUUAAUACACUGUUAAAUGUGAAAUUAAGUGAAACAGAAAAUGGCAAGCACGUCUCUAUAUUGGAUCUGCCUGGCAGCAUUCUUAUCAUCCCUCAAGCCACCCUUGGGGGGAGAGUGAAAGGAAGAAGCAUGCAGUAUCAUUCUAACUCUGGGAAAGAAGAAGGGUUAGAACUUUAUUCCCAAUUUGUGACUCUCUGUAAAAAAGAAUUAGCUGCUAACAGCAAGUGUGCCAAAGCUGGGGUUGUGGUGGAACAUGGCACCUACGGCAACAGGCAGGUGUUAAAGCUCGACACCAAUGGACCAUACACACACCUAAUUGAGUUUUGAAAAAUUGAAAGUUUCUAUAGUUGUAAUUAGAUUCUCUUCCCCUCUUGAGUACACUAAUCUGUAGCACUUUUAGACAAGAAAAUCCUGGGUCCCAUCCAUAACUCUGCAGCCUGCUAACUGGAUGACCUUGCCACAUCACCUAAACUCUGGAUCUCAGUCACCCCCACAUCCUGCUCUCCCCUGCACUGGCACUCAGAAAUUUGAAAAACACCUUCUAUUCACUUUAUGGUCAUUGAUAAGAACAUGGAAAUGUUCCUAGAGAGCUGUUUCUAAGCAUUUUCAAUGAAGCAUUGUGUGCAGUCAAGAAAAAAAUAUAUCUUAUACCCUCAAAUGUGUGUAGUAUGUAAUAAAAAUCAGUGUUAAAACUAUGUAAAACCCAGCACAAACCGAUUAUAAUUUUGUCAAUUUUGUUUUAGUAUUUCAGAUUUCCAUAUUUUGAAUGAAAGAAUAUGCAAUUUACUAUUCCUUCUGAUAAUAUCUAUGAAAAUGUAAUACAGAAAUGUUACUGUGUAUUUUAAUGUUACUUGCCAAGGACAUCCAGGUGCUUUAAAUUAUUUUACGACUCUUGAGUUGCUAUGGGAACAAGGUAUAGGAGACAAAAAGUUGUUUUUAUUUAAUAUACUAAUGGGUUAAUAUUUCUGUUUUUCAGUUUUUUACGGAAACAGUAUGUCGCAUUUUCUGUCUUUCUGUCUUUUAAAAGUUACUGUUUCAUUAAAUUAGUGUUCAUAAAUUUUUUUGGAAGCUCCUUUCUUGUUGAUUUAGAUUACUAUAAAAGGAAUAAAAGGAAGCUUUCUACUGGAAUUAUCUGAAAACAGGUUGACUUGUUCAUUUCUAUUUUAUUGACUUGGUGAUUCGGAGUCAGUAUUGUUUUUUCUAGUGUAUUUUUGUGUCCUCCCCCACACCAAAGUUAUAUGGUGAAGUCCCCCAAUGUGAUGGUAUUUGUAGAUGGGGCCUUUUGAAGGUAAUCCGGGUUAAUAGAUCAUGAGAGUGGGGCCCUCAUGAUGGGAUUAGUGUCCUCAUUAGAAGAAACACCAGAGUUUGCUCACCCUUUCUCUGCACACUGUGUGAGGAUGCAGUGAGAAGGGGGCCAUUUGCAAGCCAGGAAGAGAACCCUUACCAGAAAUGGACCAUGCUGGCACCCUGAUCUUCAACUUCUAGCCUCCAGAGCUACAAGAAAAUAAAUUUCUGUUGUUUAAGCCACCAUAAGUCUAUGGUAUUUUGUUCUAACAGCCCAAGGUGAGACAGUGAUAUGAACAGCUAAUAAGGUAGACUUUUCAAAGCCAAGAGAGGAAGAUAUAUAAGAAGUUGAAAAAAUGGUACUGAUGAACUCAGUGACAAGAACAAGAACGCAGAUACAGAGAAUGGACUGGAGAACUCGAGGUAUGGGAGGGGGCGGGGGGUGAAGGGGAAACUGAGACGAAGCGAGAGAGUAGCACAGACAUAUAUAUACUACCAACUGUAAAGUAGUCAGUGGGAAGUUGUUGUAUAACAAAGGGAGUCCAACUCGAGGAUGGAAGAUGCCUUAGAGGA